AGCACUCUCUGUGGGUUUAUUGCUGAGAGCGCAUCUACUGAGCAGGCUGUUGGCCUUGCAUUAAACAGCCAUGAAGACAGCAGGUUUCUUUGUGCUACUCGGCCUGUCUCUUUUCUUCUUCUUCUCGGAUGUGGCCAGUAAAGAUGGAGGCCAGUUUGACUGCAAGGAGUUCAUGGACGACGGCAUGUACUGCACAAGGGAGUCCAACCCCCACUGUGGCACGGAUGGCAUGACAUACGGCAACAAAUGUUCCUUCUGCAAGGCCGUCAAGAGAAGUCAGGGAAGUGUUCGAUUGGAGCAUCUUGGAAAAUGCUGAAGCCUCCUCACUGCUGAGUGUUAAAAGCUGCCCUUCUGCUUUCGCUCUCCACCAACCGCUGCAGAUCCCUGCUCCCAGCCACGGUCUCCACACACCCUUCUCCCCAGGAACUGCUGGGGACGACAGUGUCUCCAAUUUGCUUGUCCAAUAAAGUGAACUCAGCAGAA